AUGGACAUCACAGGAUUCGCACGCUCACUCCUCCCCUGGGGUCCGCAGAUAAACCAGCAGAAUCAGUAUGCUGGAUUUGGGGCACUCUAUGAUCCUAUAAAGCUUUUUGUCAUUGGGGGAACCGUGGAGACGAGCAGGAGACUGGCUAGCUCAGCUUGGAGUCAUUUUAUUAACUCCUUCUUCCUCACAGCCCAUUUCUCAGAAGAAGACUUUCCCUUCGACUGGCUCAUGCACUGGCUAGCCAAACAGCCCUCCUGGCACCGUUCAAGAGAAUUCGAAACUACCACUUGUUCCUCUUCUUCCCACGCGCUGUGGAAGACGGCGCAGUUUGAUGCCGACGCCGAGCUCUGGGGGGAGAAUGGGCAGGAGGACGACCCCACGGGGAAACCGAGUAUGAAGGUCGUUUUUCGUCCAACCCUCGAUACGACGCAUACCAUCUUCUUCAAAGGUCACUGGCUACGUGUCCGCCGCUCCCGCACCAGCGGGAUAGAGACACUCUCCAUCUCCGUCAUCGCCCGCAGCAACACGAUCCUCAAAGCGCUCGUCCUGCAAGCCAAGCGAGAAUACGAGCAAGACUCUGAGCACCGUAUCCAGAUCUACUUUGCCGAUUCGCACGGCUCCUUCCGCUGGACAGACUCCCGCCACAAGCGUCCGAUGAGCUCGAUCGUCCUAGAGGAAGAAACAAAGGGCAUGCUCCUGAACGACUGCAAGGACUUCCUCCGCCCCGAGAGCGAAAAGUGGUAUGCGGACAGAGGGAUCCCCUACCGCCGAGGGUACCUGCUCUGGGGCGUCCCAGGGAGCGGGAAAACGAGCAGUAUCCACGCUAUGGCGGGAGAACUCGACUUGGACAUAUACGUCAUCACCCUCAGCUCGAGCUGGGUGAACGACGCCACUCUGGCAAGCCUGAUGGCUCGUGUACCUGCACGGUGUAUCCUCCUUCUAGAAGAUCUGGACGCUGCGUUCACUCGGUCCACGACGCGUAGCAAGAAGGAUACUGGUGUGCCCCGAGAGCAGCAGCAGCAACAACAACAGCAACAGCAGUCCUCCCUGCUCAUGGACGCGAAUAGCAUGCCCUACUCCUCGACGCACAUGCACCAUCAUACGCUCAACAGCCACAGCCAGAGUCUCACAGAUACGAACACGCUCUCCCUCUCCGGCCUACUCAACUCGCUAGACGGCGUCGCAGCCUCCGAAGGCCGGCUACUCUUCGCCACGACAAAUCAUAUCACCCGACUCGACCCUGCGCUCUCCAGACCGGGGAGGAUGGACGUAUGGAUCGAGUUUCGCAACGCGACAAAAUGGCAGAUGGAGAGCCUUUUUAUGAACUUUUUCCCUUCGGCGCCGAGGGAGGCUGUGGAGGUGUUGGAGAGGGAGGAAGAGGCGUUGGAGGCGGAGCGGGCGGACCGUUUGGCUGCCACUUCCACUUCGGCGUCCAUGUCCGCGUCCGCGUCCGCAUCGACGUCCACGUCCACGUCAACGCUCUCUGGCGCACGGGCACAAAUCAUGUCCGAGCCCGCACUGCGCGUACUUGCGAAAAAAUUCGCAGAUACGAUCCCCGCUGACGAGUUCAGCGUCGCUGCUCUCCAGGGCUACCUCUUGAAGCACAAGACGAGCUGUGUGAAGGCUGUCGAAGAAGCAGGGGCGUGGGUUAUCUCUGAGCGCGAACUUAGAGAGAGGCUCAAGCGGGAAAAAGAGGAGAAGGAGAGGGAGGAAGAGAGGUUGAGGUUGAAGGAAGAGGAAGAGGAGAGGAAGAGGGAGGAGAAGGAGGGGUGGAGGCGGAAGAGGGAGGAGAGGUUGAGGUUGGUCAAAGAGCAGGAGGAGAUGAGGGCGGAAGAGGAGGAGGAGAGGUUGGAGAGGAAGGAGAGGGAGAGGAGGGAGAAGGAGGGGAAGGAGGGGAGGGAGAAGGAGGGGAAGGAGGGGAAGGACGCUAAGAAGGAAGGUGCUAAGAAGGACAAGGACAAGGAGGAGAAGGAGAAGGAGGCUGCCCCUGCCCCUCCUACCGCCGAGAAAGAGGAAGAAACGCUCGAAGCGAGCAUGCUUAGGGACACCCCGGCUUCAGCGGCAUCGACUGCCCCGACGACCUCCACCUCCUCGUCGACUUCGACUUCGUCGGUCAACACGGCCACCCCUGGAGGAUGGGUACGCAUCCCUGCUUCCCAAGUCCAGAAUUUCGUAAAGGAGGAGAUGGUCGCUGCUGUCCUUAGUCAGGCUAAGGAGGUAUGAUCCCAUUUCCCAUUUCCCUUCCCUUCUCCUUCCCCCUUCUUCUUCCCUUCCCCGGCCUGCCCCUUCCUUUUCCCCGGCCUGCGCUAUGCGGACAUUCACGUGCAUUCAUUCAUCUGUUUCAUAUCCCCAUCCCCUCAAUUGUGUCCAUAUGACUCAUCCUCUCAUCCCCUCAUCUAUGCCCAACCCUACUACCUCACCCACCCCUCACCCCGCACGCUCAUAUCCUCAUCCUCAUUCCUAUCCCCCCUACUACCCGUCAUUACUUGAUCACCUUGCUAGUCAUCCGUUCUCAUGUGUAUCUUUGGUCUUUCAUCUGUAAUAUUACAAUGUC